AUGGAAAGUGAAGACACAAAGAAGAUACAAGAAAUGAAGACUGAUCUGAACUUACUAUUGGAGUGUCUGAAGUAUCAAAUGGACAACCCUUUUUCACAAAAGGAAGCUUUGGUCACUAUUCAUUCAAUUUGUCAACAAAACAGUAAUGCAGGUGUUUACUUUCGAGAAAUUGGUGGUUUGAUGUUUGUAAGAAAUCUUGCAAAGUCAAGUGAACAUAGCAUGGUAAAAGAAGCAGCCUUAUAUACAUUAGGAGCUGUUGCAGAACAAAAUGGGACUGGACAGACACUUGUGAGAGAAACAGGUUGUAUUACAGUUCUGACACAGUUGUUCAGGACAGUUCUUUCAAAAUAUGAGUUGAAUUUGUCAGAUAAAAAUGUUUUCCAGAGUUAUCAGUUAUGGUCUUCAGUGUGUAGUACUUUAUGUGUCUGUGUCAACAAUCCUCAAAAUGAUGAAAAUCAGAUGCUUUGCUGUUCACUUUUUCCACAUGCUAAUGACUGGCUAAUAAAUUGCAUCACACCUGAGGUAAUUCGCCCUGUUUGCUCAUUUAUUGGGCUUACUCUUGCAAAUAACACAUUUGUUCAGAAAUACUUUAUAUCUGUGGGUGGACUGGAUGUAUUGUCUCAAGUUCUUGUGCAACUGGAAUCUGAUUCACACAAGACUGUUUCCAGUGCUAAGCUUGCAGUGGUGGUGACAAAGACAGUGGAUGCGUGUAUUGCUGAUAAUCCUACUUUUGGAGUAAUACUAUCCAAGUAUCAGAUUGUUUCAAAACUUCUGACAUUACUGCUUCAUGAAAGUCUGGAUUCAGGAGAAAAAUUUAGCAUCAUACUUACUCUUGGUCAUUGCACAGAGGAUUGUGAGGAAAAUCAGUAUGACCUUUUUAAAAACAAUGGGCUUCCACUCAUGAUACAAGCCUUAACUGAAUCACAGAGUGAGGAACUAAACAAAGCUGCCACUUUUGUGCUUCACAAUUGCAAAAAAAUUACUGAAAAAUUAUGUCUAAGUCUAGGAGAAUAUUCUUUUGAUGAGAAUGAAAAACAAUUAGAAGACAUAAAUAUGAAAGAGAAGAAUCUUGAAGAGUACUGGAAGAAAGCAAAGGAAAUUCUACACAGAAUAGAACAGCUUGAAAGAGAAGGAAAUGAGGCCCUUUUUGCUUCAUGCUUCAAUUACACCAGUUGCAUAGCAGUAGGAAAAUCCCUGAAUAGCCGAAAUUUUAGCAAGCUCUUGCACUCUUGCCCAUACCAAUGUGAUCGUCACAAAGUCAUUGUGGAAGCUGAAGACAGAUAUAAAAGUGAACUAAGGAAAUCACUUAUCUGUAACAAAAAAAUUCUGCUGACCCCACGUAGGAGACGACAACUCAGUAGUGAAUCUACUACCUCUGGAGGAAUAAAAAAAAGAAGAAUUCGUAAAAAUUUUACCAAAGAAGAAGUAAAUUACCUUUUCAAUGGAGUUAAGAAAAUGGGAAAUCACUGGAAUUUAAUUUUGUGGUCUUUCCCCUUUCAGCAAGGACGGAAGGCUGUGGAUCUUGCUCACAAAUACCACAAGCUGACCAAAGGCUCCAAGCAUGAAGCUCCUUGA